AUGACCAAGGACUCGCCCAGUCCCUCGGGCGGCGGCCGCGGGUCGCCCAAGAAGCCGGGCAGCCCCGGCCCGUCGGCAGCGGCGCUGGAGGAGCAGAGGCGGGAAGUGGAGAAGCUGCGGGCCGAGCUGGAGGCGGAACGGGCGCGCGGGCGGGCAGAACGGCGGCGCUCGGCGACCCAGGCGCGCCAGCUGCGGGAGGCGGCCGAGCGGGAGCGGCAGCAGCUGGCUGACCAUCUGCGCUCCAAGUGGGAGGCCCAGCGCUUCCGGGAGCUGCGGCAGCUGCAGGAGGAGACGCAGCGGGAGCGCGAGGCCGAGAUCCGCCAGCUGCUCCGCUGGAAAGAGGCCGAGAUGCGGCAGCUGCGGCAGCUGCUGCAACGCGAGCGCGACGGCGUGGUGCGCCAGGCCCGGGAGCUGCAGCGCCAGCUGGCCGAGGAGCUGGUGAGCCGCGGCUACUGCGGCCGCGCGGCGGCGCCCGAGGUCUCCGCGGCGCAGUGCCGCUGUCGCCUGCAGCAAGUGUUGGCGCAGCUGCGCUGGGAGACGGACGGCGAGCAGGCGGCGCGCAUCCGCCACCUGCAGACGGCGCUCGACGUGGAGCGCCAGCUCUUCCUCAAGUACAUCUUGGAGCACUUCCGCUGGCAGCCCGUGGUGUCCGAAGCCUCGGACUCCUCCCAGAACGUGCGUCCCCUCCAGGAGCGGCUCCCCGGGCCCGCCAACGGCGCUCGCCGCACCCCGAAGCUCGCCUGCCGAUUGGGAUCCCUCGAUAGCCUGAGCUCUGGCGCCCGCGCCCGCUCGCGCUCUCUCGAUCUGGUGCCGGCCGCAGGCAGCAGCUCCCCAGACGACCUGUUUCCGACGCGCGCCAGCUCGCUGGAUUCCCUGGCGCCAGCGCGGUCGCGGUCGCACGACAGCAGCACCCCGAGUGGCCCCAAAGCCUCCGAAUCCGAGGCUCGGGCCUCCUCCUCAACAGACGACUCCAUCCUGGGCUCACCCUUGCCACCCCCGCCAGCGUUAGCGCACAGGAGCGCCAGCGACCCGCGCGGAGAAAGCCCCAGGGGCCAGCCCUGCGAAGCUCCGACCUCCGCGCCGCCGCCGUCGCCGGACCUGGGCUACCACGAGCUGGUGAAGCAGAACUCGGAGCUGACCGAGGCGCUGCGGGUGUUGGCGCGCCGCUGCUCGGGGCUGCAGGAGGAGAACACGCAGCUGCGGCGCGCGGGCUUCCCCGUCCAGGCGGCGGAGAAAGUGAGACGACUCCAGGUGAAGCGCGCGGAGCUGACGGGCCUGGCCCGGCGUCUGGAGGACCGCGCCCGCAAGCUGCAGGAGACGAACCUGCGGGCGAUGAGCGCGCCCGUGCCGGGCCAGAGCCACGCGGACCUGGAGCUGUGCCAGGCCUUUGCCCGCCAGCGCCUCCAGGAUCUGUCGGAGCAGGCGAGCGCGCUCCUGGCCAAGGACAAGCAGAUCGAGGAGCUGCGGCGGGAGUGCCACCUGCUGCAGGCGCGCGUCGCCUCAGACCUCGGCGGCGCCACCCAUCCCGCCGGGGGCGCUCCCUGCGCCCAGUGGCUGGGCAUCAGCGACUUGGACCGGCUGCAGCGCGAGUCCCAGCGAGAAGUGCUGCGUCUGCAGAGGCUGCUGACGCUGCAGCGGGGCCAGAGUGGCGCCCGGGCCGAAGGCGGCGGCCAGAGCGGCCCCCGCGAGGAGGAGGCGCGACACCAAGUGCGCGCGCUGGAGCGCGAGUGCCAGGAGCUGGGCGCGCAGGCGGCGGCGGCGCGGCGGCGCAGCGAGGAAGCCGAGGCGCAGCUGCAGGCGGCGCUGCGUGAGGGCGCCUGGCUGGCGGAGGAGAACGCUCGGCUGCAGGCCCAGGCCGACUGGGUGCGGAAGGUGGCGGCCGACAGCAGCGACGCCGCCGGGCUGCUGGCGGAGCAGCUGCUGCAACCGGCGGCACGCGGGCAGGGCCGGCAGCAGCAGCUGCGGCACGACCUGCAGAAGGCUCCGAGUGACCCCCAGGCUGCCUGGGUGGAGAUGCAGGACCUGCAGUGUCAGCCCGGCCACCCUUCCAAGCAGCCCUCGGAGGCCACCCAAGGCCCCGGAUCUCAAGCCGCGGGUAGCGGCGGAAGGCUCACGUUCCAGCCGGGCUCCGAGGACUACACACCAUCACAGCCCAGGGGGGACAAUCAGAAGAGGCAAACCUCUGUGCAGGAGAGCCCAGUUGCCGUUGGGGAGACAGCCAGGGCUCCCCAAGAGCUAGCCACGGCCCCUGCCAGCCCAACUCUGGGCUCCAAACCCCAGGCCAAGAAAACCAGCUCCCAGUCCAACUCCUCCUCUGAAGUGGAGUCCAUGUGGGCCACCGUGCCCUCCUGCCCCACUCUGGACAUGGACACAGCCAGCGAGGUGGAUGAUCUAGAACCCGACACUGUGUCCCCAGCCCUGGAAGUGGGGGGUGCCGAGGCACCUGCCACACCCAACUUCAAGAUCUUCUUGGCCCGGUAUAGCUACAACCCCUUUGAGGGCCCCAAUGAGCACCCCGAAGGCGAGCUGCCCCUCACAGCUGGGGACUAUGUGUAUAUUUUGGGGGACAUGGAUGAGGAUGGCUUUUACGAGGGAGAGCUUGGAGAUGGCCGGCGAGGGCUGGUGCCCUCCAACUUAGUGGAGCAGAUUCCACACAGCGACAUCCUGGGCUGUCUAUCCCCGAAGUCCCCUGACCUUGGUCCCAUCCAAAUCCCAUCUGCCCUGGGCAAAGCUGCUCCGAAAGCCGACAGCUUAGUGCCUGCAGAAGCGCUGGGAGCAGCGGGUCCAGGGCCACGAAAGACAAGAAAUACAGGCUCCAAGACGAAAGUAGCAGCAGAAACCUGCCAACCGGGCUUGCCACAGAGCCUGGGGGAGCAGGGCUUCUCCAGACCCCUCCCGGGGGCAAAGGGUGUGCUCUGUGUGGCCCCCAAGCAGCUUCGCCUGCAGAGUGUCACGGCCACGUCGGCCGAGAUCGCCUGGAUCUGCAGCAGCAGCAACCACCCCCACGUGGUGUACCUUGAUGGCCAGGAGCACGCCUUGACCCCAGCAGGUGUAAGUGGCUACACCUUCCAGAGCCUACAUCCGGGCACGCAAUACCAGGCCUGGGUUGAGGUUCGGCUGCCGUGGGACCUGCUGCAGGUGCUCUGGGAGACCAUGUCCUCCACCAUCACCUUUGACACGCCCCUGGCGGGACCCCCCGAUCCGCCACUGGACGUGCUCGUGGAACACCACCACGGCUCGCCAGGCUGCCUGGUGGUCAGUUGGCUGCCCGUGACCAUCGACUCAGCCGGGUCCUCCAACGGAGUCCAGGUCACCGGCUACGCAGUGUAUGCUGACGGGCUCAAGGUUGCAGAGGUGCCUGACGCCACUGCUGGGAGCACCCUGGUGGAGUUUCCCCAGCUGCAGGUGCCACCGACGUGCCAGAAAGUGUCGGUGAGGACCACGUCCCUCUUUGGUGAGUCCUCGGACUCGGUGCCAGCUCAGAUCCCCGAGGACCACUUCGCCUGUCACCAAUUGCCCGAGACCCCUCCCUUUAGCUACACCUGUGGCGACCCAUCCACCUGCAGAGUCACCUUCCCCGUCUGCUCUCAAAAGCCUCUCAAUGCCAAGGCCAACUCCUACACCCCUGGAAGCUGUGGGGAGCCCCAGGCCAAGUUCCUAGAAGCAUUCUCUGAAGAACCUCCCAAGAGGCCAUCCCCUAUGUGCAACUUGAGCUCGGAAGGAGAACGUUUGAGUUCAAGGGCCAGCCGCCGAAGCCACGGAUUUGCCAAGGCUCGGGAGGGCUGCAGACAACACCUGCUGUUUCAGAAACAUCCCCGGGAGCACAGGUCGCCCCUGCCCAGUGGCCAGCCUGGGAGGGAAGAGAAUCAGUACCGGCACAGGGGCCCUGGCAAAUGCCCAGCUCCAGGAGUCAUCCACCUGUUCCCCGAGGACGAGGGCAGGAAAGAACCAGGGCAGGAAAAGUCUUCCCUGCAGAAGGCGCUUGGGCAAAAGCAAGACGCCCAAGGGUUCACACCUCCCCAGCUGGGCCCCAGCCCCUGCUUCCCAACUGACUUCCAGGACAUUUUGAAGGAGGCGGAGGAAGAGGAAGAGGAGGAGGAGGAGGAGGAGGAGGCAGUGUACAUGGAUCUUUGGGACACAGAGAGGCAAGAGCAGAGAAAGGAACUCAGACUCCAGACAAAGCGAGGACAGGCUCCGGGGGGCAAGAGAGACUGUCUAGCUCCAUCUAGCAAUGCCAUCGAGAUGUCCAGAGGUGGCCGGGUUGGGGCCGGGGCCCACACCACGGCCAGAGUCUUCGUGGCCCUCUUCGAUUAUAGCCCCCUGGCGAUGUCUUCCAACCCGGAGGCUGCUGAGAAGGAGCUGAGCUUCCAGAAGGGGCAGCUGCUGAGAGUGUGGGGUCCCCAGGACGCCCACGGCUUCUACCGUGGCGAGUGCGACGGGCGAGUGGGCGACAUCCCUGGGCACGUGGUGGCUGAGGCGGCCAUGGGCACAGAGUGGACUGAUGGCAGCUGGCACUUGCUGUCCUCGGGGUCUGUGCCUUCUUUGGCCCACCUUGAGGAUUUCGAGGGGCUCGCCAGCGCCCAGGGCACCUUGUCCAUGCUCCAAGGGGACUCCAGGAGAACCCCACUGUGGGCCCCAAAGACUAUGAUGGCAGCUCUGGAUUAUGACCCCAAGGAUGGGCGGGCAGGGGGCCGGGCGAAGGGCAAGCUGGCGCUGAGGGCAGGGGACGUGGUCACAGUCUAUGGACCCAUGGAUGACAAGGGAUUCUACUAUGGCGAGUCCGGUGGCCACCGGGGCCUGGUCCCGGCACACCUGCUUGACCACAUAUCGCUCCAUGGAGAAUGA